AGUUAGCUUUGCAUUUUGCACAUUUAAAAUUAGUUCAUAUCUUGAUUAAAAUUGCAAUUGUUUUUUAAAAGAUCAACAAAUUCAAAAUCUCUCUUGUGUUAAAAUGGAAAAACUACGCAGUUUCUUCUUCAAAGCCAAACCCAUGCAAGAUGAUUUGGGCAUGCCUCAAGAAGAUCAACAAACCGAAGAUGUGAUAACUCAAAAACAGGACAUGGAACAACAAUUUUAUAAUGUAGAACAGGGCAGCGAUAGCAAUACCUUAGCUGACAAUGAGGAAGGUAAGCCCAACGAUAUUAUUAAGAUAGCAGCUGGCGUCGUAGGAGAAAAAGAUAUCUUUGGAUCCAGUCGACAAGUUCCAGAUGGGCAAACUCAAACGCAAACAGAGGUUCAAAUACCGCCCUCUGUGACGUCACCCUCGCCUCCAACAAUGGAAAUACCGGACGCACAAUUAAAAAUUGAAUCAGAAAUUGAGAUGCCUUUACCGAAUGCUAAAGUACCAAAAUAUCGUGAAGAGCAACCCGUGCUGAUUGAUUAUAAUAAAGAAUUUGUGAAAUUCAUAGAUCAACAUACGCCCAAAGGUUUCUCCCAGAAACUAGAGGAAAUGGUACCCUAUUUGGGUGCCAGUUUUAUAUCCUGGCCAACAUAUUGGCUUUAUAGGGGAAUCCAUUGGCAACAGAAACGAAAUACGGAAAGAAUUGGCCUCUACAUACAGAGGACUUUUCAGCAUGCCAAAAUGUUGCAGUUGGUUAUUUUGGCCACUGGUCUUCUAAUGGCCACCACAGCGGGUCGUUCGUCUUCAGGUCUAUUGAUACAUGAAGUAUCAAAUAAGGGAUCACAAAUUCAAAAUGACAACUAAACUUAACAAAAGAGGUAGACAGCAGCUGGCUAUAACAAAUCUUUCAGUAUAGAUUUAGUAAAUUUAGUUUAAUACAUAUUUUUGGAACGAAAAUUCACAAAAAACAAAAAAAAAAAAACAAAAACAUAAUAAAAUGGGCAUUUUAAGCACUAUUCACAGCUUAAAGAACUGGACAAUGGAGCAUGUCUGGCAUGCUUUAGUUCAACC